AUGCCACCAAUUCGCAAAAAAGACCCCCUAAAAUCCACUCAGGAUGAGGGGAAGAUCGAAUUAGCUAUUUCCGAUUUAAAAAAUGGAAGAAUUCGCAGUAUUCGUGAAGCUGCAAGAAUCUAUAUGGUUGCUCGUACAACUCUUCAAGAUCGAAUGAAAGGAGUGCCGUAUCGACAAAUAACACGCGCCAACAACCAUAAAUUGAGUCAAUCUGAGGAGGAUUCGCUUGUCAAAUGGGUGCUUGAUUUAACUAAACGUGGAUUACCGCCCCGGCACUUUCUCGUACGAGAUAUGGCUAAUUAUCUUCUCUCACAACAUGGAGAUCAACGGGUUGGAGAUAAAUGGGUAUAUAAUCUUGUUCAACGUCGCCCAGAGAUUGAAUCCAAAUUCUCACGAAAAUACAACUACGAACGUGCUAAAUGUGAAGAUCCAAAGAUUAUACAAGGCCAUUUUGACCGCGUACGAGAUAUAAUAUCUGAGUACGGCAUCUUACCAGAAGAUAUCUAUAAUUUUGAUGAGACGGGCUUUGCUAUGGGACUCUGCGCAACUGCAAAGGUUAUUACUGGAAGCGAUCGAUAUGCUCAGCCAAAGCUUCUACAGCCUGGAAAUCGAGAAUGGGUGACUGCAAUUGAGGCAACAAAUUCAACCGGAUGGGCUCUGCCUUCGUACAUGAUUUUCAAAGCAAAGAAAAACGUACGAUUAGGCUGGUUUGAUGAGCUUCCGGAUGAUUGGAGAAUCAAUAUUAGCGAUAAUGGCUGGACUACAGAUCAGAUAGGAUUAGAAUGGCUUAAAACCCAUUUUAUUCCUCUUACUAGUAGUCGUACAUUGGGAACAUAUAGUAUGUUGAUUCUUGAUGGCCAUGGAAGCCAUUUGACUGCAGAAUUUGACCGUACAUGUACGGAUCAUAAGAUUAUUCCAGUCUCGAAUGAUGCUUUACUCGUAUGGAAAGAAAACCGUGAUUUACGAGCUGCGCAUGAAAAAGAGAAGCAAAAGCGCAAAAGAUCUAAUAAACAGAUAUCUAUUGAGCAAGGGAUUACUAGAGAAGAAGCUCAAGUGCUCGUACAAGGUCAGGUUGAAGCAUCUCAAGCUGUUACUACUACUCCAGCUGAGCCGGAGCUCCCAACUUCUCAAGCAGUCGUACGCCGCCAAUUUCGCUGCAGUGACUGUAACGUUGAAGGGCACAGGAUUAACCGAUGUCCUAAUCGUACUAGUAAUUAA